UUAAUGUGCAAUUUCUCUGAUGUCUAUAUGCAGCGGUUCGGGGCUUUUAGUUUGAAAAGGUCUCGACAGGAAGUUGCAGGAAGUGUCACUGCGCUAAGAUGCCGAGGCGAUCUCGAAGACCACUUUCACAAAGUGACCAUUUAAAAAGCACAGGGGGGAGUAAGGAGACUGGGAGCAAUUGAGCAGAGCAGCUGGGCAGAUGUGGAGCGCGGACGAGGUGGCCAGGCUGUGCCAUGAGCGGCUGGGCUCCCUGCCCAGGCGGGGCAUGCCGGAGGCGGGGAGGGAGUGGACACUGCUGGCCGCCGUCGUGAAGAUCUCGCGGAGCCCGUCGGCUGGUCAGGGCUCUGCAGGGGCAGAGCACACGGUUUUAAAGGAGGUGGUUGCUAUGGGGACCGGAACGAAAUGCAUCGGCCAAUCCAGAAUGAGCAGCAGUGGGGAUGUGCUGAAUGACAGCCAUGCUGAAGUCAUAGCCAGGCGUGGGUUUCUCAGGUACCUGACGGAGCAGCUGAGGCUGGCAGUGAGCAGGGCAGGCAGCAGUGUGUUCGCCCCCGGGACAGACAGGGGCCGAUGGAGUCUUCAGCCUGGCGUGUCCUUUGUGUUCUUCACCAGCCAUACGCCCUGUGGAGAUGCCUCCAUUAUCGCUAUGGGCGAGAGCCAGGACCAGCCCUGCCAGCCGGUCAGCACACAGGAAGCACUCUGCAAGGCUUGGGUUCCAGGUCACAGUGACUCUCGUGAUCACCUGACCGUGGAGAAGCAGGAAGCUCACAGUGAUGUCACAGAUCACCUGAUCACAGACAAGCAGGAAGCUCACAGUGACAUCAAAGAUCACCUGACCAGUCUCUCUCUCUGUCCUGACCCCAGUCUCUCUCUGUGCAGGUGUGCUCAUGUAGCUCUCCUGCCUGCUGGCUUCUCAGUGCAGGCUCCAGAGCUGCAGCAGGCCAGCCUAGAGUUCCCUCACAGUCGCGGCCAGCUGGAGAGAAGCCAUGACCCUCGCAAAGGAAGGGUGUCCGCCUGUGGAGCAGCUAUCAGUUGGUGCAAUGUCUCGGAUCAUCCACUAGAUGUCACUGCAAACGGCUAUAAGCAGGGUGUUACCAAGAAGGCCCUGGGCAGUGCACAAGCCAGGUCAUUAAUAUGCAAGGCUGAGCUCUUCCGUGCCUUCAAGUCUCUUGUCUCAGCCACCCCAGAGAGCCAACUCCCAGACUCAUUAAGGGGAAAGGAGCUGAAGACUUACUGGGACUAUAAGCAGGCUGCCUGUGAGUACCAGCGAGCCUGGGAUGAUCUCCGUGCACAGGCCUUUCCAGACUGGAUUCGCAGUCCCCGGGAGCUACUGCAGUUUGAGUGAGAGACCUUCCGAAUCCGAAUCCCGGGAAAGCGCCACACAGCCACAGCUGUGGCAUACCAGAGAGAACACCGGAGGGAAGCAGUCGGAUCCGGAGGAUAGAGCUGGGAACGACGCAGGGAUCUGCUCACUCGGCUGUCCCAGAACCAAGUGCUUCCAUUCUCCCCAGUCCCUCUCGCUACCAGCUCCCAGUACAGACCCACACAUGUAUUUAUGUCAAACCUUGUGCCAACAGCAGCAAAGGCAUUAGCAAAUGAAUAAGAGGAAUUGGUUUUCAAGAUUGUUUUAGGUUUAGUGCUCAUCUUUCAGAAAUGCAGAACUUUUGGCCCUGUAGUUGCACAACAGUAGGGAAGAUAACAGAUCUACCAUCAUGCACCCUGCAGCCUAGAAGCAAGUGUUCUCCCCAGUCAGUCUGUGUAUCCGGUUAAGCACCCGAAGUGUAACUUCCUAGUUUCUUAUAUGUACAUAACUGAAUACUGUGUGCAAAACUGUUGUUCUUACUCAUACAGUAUUGUGGAUUUUCUUUUUUUAAUUUUACAGAAUAAAAUGGAACUUUUUCAUUCUUA